CUUUGAUGAUCCUAGACGUACCUAGUACCUAUAGCGCUAUAGCAUGAGCUAGAUAUCCAUGAUCCAGUACAUGCAAUAGAGAGAGAGAUCAGCAGUGCAGUAUGAGCCAAAUUUAUGUCAAUGAGCCUCCGACUAAUGGAAAGGUUCUGAUAAAGACAACUCUAGGAGAUGUUGACGUGGAGUUAUGGUCCAAGGAGGCGCCUCUGGCUUGUCGAAACUUUGUGCAGCUGUGCAUGGAAGGCUACUACAAUGGAAAUAUCUUCCAUAGGAUAGUCAGCGAGUUUAUUGCUCAAACUGGUGACUCCACUGGAACUGGAGAGGGCGGGGAGUCCAUCUAUGGCCACACCUUCAAGGAUGAGUUUCAUUCUCGGCUGAGGUUUAAGCGGCGAGGGCUGGUGGGGAUGGCUAACGCUAGCAAAGACGACAAUAGCAGUCAGUUUUUCUUCACUCUGGGCAGAGCAGACGAGCUCACUAACAAACACACUCUAUUUGGCAACGUGAGUUGGUGGGUACACAGCUUUGAGUGGUGUAAAAUUAAAACUGGGUCACAAUAA